UACUGUACUUAAAUAUUAAAGAAAGACACACUGUGUUUUAAUUCAGAUGAUAUCUGCGGUUUAUCUGCGUGAGCUCGCUAGCUCGCUGGUUGGCUGCUCAGCUGAAACAGCUGAUAGCUGAAACCCUGCAUCCAGAGUAUACAACAGAAACCCUGAGACCAGAGAUUCGGUGUCACACAUUUUAUGGCCAUGGUUACAGUCGACUUUUUUGUUCAUCUUUCCCUCAAGUUUCAGUAAAUUCGGUGAAACUCAAUUUUGCCUCUGUUUUCGCCUUAGGGGGAGCUUUAGAGCCCUUGAGCAAUGCACAGGUUCGAGACCUAUGCCAGUAUCGCAUUUUCACCAGAGCUGACCUCCACGCCAAGUUUCAGGAGUUUUUAUGCAUGUUAACCCCCUCACAAAUGACCGGAAAUAACAUGGAUAUAAUAAUAAUUUGAAGGAUAACAAUAGGUUCCUCACACUCGUACUAGGAGCUGUCCCGGCCCCUGCCAUUCGUGGCUCAGGCCCUAAUUACUGGUAGGAUAUACACUAUGUACAUGCUUGGGGUGUAAUGAGAUGUAAUUCUGCCCUACAUAGGAAACAAAAUCUGUAAAUUUAUAUCUUACAUAUAGACCAGUUGCAUGGAAAAAUGCUAAAACUGCCAGAAUGGCAAAGUGUUGAUUCUGUUUGCAAGGUGAACAACUGUUGCCAUUCUCUUUUUAAUUUAUCACAAGUGUUUUAAAUUGUACUUGAAUGUCCACACUGGCAAAUUUUAAUUCAAAACCUGUUCUUAAUUCUCCUUCAAAUACAGACACAAUCAACAUGCAAACACAGCAAGAGACACAGCUCACACACCCCAAUUUAUUCAAGAAAGGUUGGAUGACUUGCUUAUUUAUGUCACCCUUGCGAUAUGCUGGCAACUUGUAAAAUGUUCUCUUCCACAAUGUUUUUGUAACUACUAUUAUGUUCAACCACUCACAUUUAGAAAUAAUAUAAAUGUGUUUUGUAGAUGAUUAUGAAUAAAAGAAUAUUUUUGCAUUAUAACACCCAAAACCCUAUAAAAAUGAUAACAUUAUUGUGAUGGUCCUCCUGCUCUUAUAGGGCCUACAGUGUUGCAGUUUUGUCUGGUUGUUGUCUGCCUGCCUGUGUUGCAGCUCAGCUAUUGAUCAGUAGGAAUGGAAAGCAUUAAGAACCUUUGCACCACUGUGGGAACUCUUGCUAUGUUUUUCCCCUUGAAUUCUUGUUUGUUCAUACGCUUGUCAGUGACCCCCUCUGUUCAUCCUUAAUUCCCAGAAGUGCAAAGGAAUGACACAGAGCAUAGUCAGUCAGUGCUCAAAUCUCAGUAUUUUCUUUUUUUUAAUCCAAGCACUCAAUCUGCUGAAGAAUUUGAGGUCCCUGUGGUUUACUACACUGGCUGAAAGAAAAUAACUUUUCAUGCCUCUUAUAUUACUUUUUUCAAUUUAAUCCAACAGAGAAGCACCCAUCCAAUGAGGCACUACAUAAUCAUCAUGAGUCACACAACAGAUUAAGUGGAGACAAUCAACAUUUAUCCUUUAAUUAAAUAAAGAUAUGGGCCACAAGUGAUGAAACAAACAGGCGUGUAUGUAUCUGUGUAAACCUUCCAUGACUGAGGCUUAAUCCCCUGACCAUUUUGUUCAUUUAAUCUGUAAUUGUAUCCUGGAAAGUUGGUUUAAUAGAUAGAACAUAGAUAGAACAGAGCUGAAUGAUAUGAUUACAUGUUAUUAUUAUUUUUAAUCACCAUUACAUCUUAACAGCUCUUUGUUUGGGCCAAUCUCUGGCUCAAAAAACUAACCUUGCAAAAUAGUGUAUUGUUGACACUGGGAAAAUAUGAAAGAUUCUUGCUGAUGCUAAACAUAAAGUGUGCAACUUGUGCAACAAGUUUGUCCAUCUACAAUCUCUGGCUCGUUUACAGCAGUAUGUUAUACAUCUGCUCCUGGUCUAUCUUCCGUCUCUACCUGGCCCCUCCCUUUUUCUGUUCAUCUUUCCCUUUUUUGUCCCCUCCUCUGUCCUCAAUAUUUCCUUUCACCCCAGCAAAGGCAGAUGGCUGCACAUAAAAGCACGAGUCUGCUUCUGUUGAGUUUUUUCCCUCUCAACUGAUUGCUGAGUGCUUGCUCAUUGUGUGAACUGUUGGGUCUCUCUUCUCCUCUCUUUAUAAUAUUGCAAGGUUUCUGCCUUACUAUGUAAAGUGCAUUGACAUUGUGUAUGUUGUGAAGUGGCGCUUUACAAAAAAAUAAUGAUUUGAUAUUUAAUUAUUGAAAUUGUUCCUGAUAAUUUAACUAAUCAAUUAAUUGUUAAAGUACUAUAUUACAGUAAAGAAUCAAUUUUCCCAACCAGAUUUCCUCUUGUCAUGCUGACCAGAAUGUAUCCGACUGUUGCACUUCCAUGCAAAGCAUUCUAACCUUGUCACAGCAUGUUUUCUUUAUGUAAAAAUACAUAACAUGUUUAGCAUAGCUUUGUUGUGUUUUCAUGCCUCAGCAUCUGAAUGUUUGGAAGGCCCAAUCUCUCCUCUGUGUUUGUUUCCUAGGAGCUUUACUAUCAGAGAACGCGCAGUGAAAGGAUGGAGAAAAAAGAUGUGACCGAGCACAAUUAUUUGAAGAAGAAGCUCAGAGUGUGUGUGGCAACAUGCAACAGAGCGGACUACUCCAAGCUAGCCCCUAUCAUGUGUGGCAUCAAAUCCCACCCUGAUGACUUUGAACUGGAAGUCAUGGUGCUUGGUUCACAUCUCAUUGAUGACUAUGGGAACACAUUUCGUUUGAUCGAGCAGGAUGGCUUUGAAAUCGGCUCCAAGCUCCACACCAUUGUAAGAGGAGAGGAUGAAGCAGCCAUGGUCGAGAGCGUUGGGCUGGCAUUGGUGAAACUGCCUGAUGUCUUACAGCGGUUGCAUCCUGACAUCCUCGUCGUCCACGGUGACCGCUUUGAUGCUCUGGCCUUGGCAACUGCCGCAGCACUGAUGAACAUUAGAAUACUUCACGUGGAGGGGGGAGAGGUAAGUGGAACGAUUGAUGACUCAAUCCGCCACGCCAUCAGUAAACUGGCCCACUACCAUGCUUGCUGCACACCCAGAGCGGAGCAGUACCUCAUUGCCAUGUGUGAGGAUCACUCUCGCAUCUUGCUGGCUGGCUGUCCCUCAUACGAUAAGCUGUUGUCAACUUAUCACAAAGAUAACUACAUGGAUGUCAUCAAGAGCUGGCUGGGUGACACUGUGCAGAAACAUGACUACAUUGUGGCUUUGCAGCACCCAGUCACCACAGACAUCCAGCACUCUAUUAAGAUCUAUGGACUGAUGCUCGAUGCCCUGCUCUCUUUUAACAAGAAGACGCUGAUCCUCUUCCCGAACAUCGAUGCUGGCAGUAAGGAGAUGGUGCGUGUGAUGCGGAAAAAAGGCAUCGAGCAGCACCCCAACUUCCGAGCGGUGAAGCAUAUUCCCUUUGAACAGUUCAUCCAGCUGGUGUGCCACGCUGGCUGCAUGAUCGGAAACAGCAGCUGUGGAGUGCGAGAGGCCGGGGCCUUCGGCACAGCCGUAGUUAACCUGGGAACAAGGCAAACUGGCAGAGAGACAGGUGAAAAUGUUAUUCAUGUCCGGGAUGCUGAUACUCACAAUAAGAUCUACCAUGCUCUGGAACUGCAGUUUGGAAAGAGAUAUCCCUGUGGCAAGAUUUAUGGUGAUGGCAAUGCAGUGACUCGUAUUCUCAAGUUUCUGCGCACCAUUGACCUGGACGAGCCCCUGCAGAAGACCUUCUGUUUCCCCCCAGUGAAAGACUCCUUCUCCCAAGACAUUGAUCACAUCCUGGAGACACAGAGUGCUCUGGCAGUUGACCUGGGAGGGACCAACCUCAGAGUGGCUAUUGUAUGCAUGAAGGGUAAGAUAUUGAAGAAAUAUACUCAGCCUAAUCCAAAGACCUUUGAGGAUAGGAUGCAGCUCAUAUUGAAGAUGUGCUUUGAAGCCAUGUGGGAGGCUGUGCGCCUCAACUGCAGAAUACUAGGAGUUGGGGUGUCCACGGGUGGACGAGUAAACCCGCAAGAAGGGGUGGUCCUGCACUCAACAAAGCUGAUCCAGGAAUGGUCCACAAUUGACCUCCGAACACCCAUUUCGGACGCCAUGCACCUCCCUGUCUGGGUCGACAAUGAUGGCAACUGUGCUGCACUGGCUGAGAAGAAGUUUGGCCAUGGCAAAGGAGUGGAGAACUUUGUGACAAUCAUCACAGGCACAGGUAUUGGUGGAGGAAUUAUCCACCACAGUGAGCUGGUCCAUGGCAGCACCUUCUGCGCUGCAGAGCUGGGUCACAUCAUGGUUUCAUUAGAAGGCCCCGAGUGUUCAUGUGGCAGCCGUGGAUGCAUAGAGGCCUAUGCGUCUGGGAUGGCCCUGCAGAGAGAGGCUAAAAGACUGCACGACGAGGAUUUGCUGAAGGUGGAGGGGAUGGAUAUGAAGCUUUCUGAGCCGGUCACUGCUGCCCACCUCAUCACUGCAGCCAGUUUGGGCAACCCUAAAGCCGAUGCUAUUCUGAACAAGGCCUGCACAGCUCUAGGUGUGGGCAUCAUCAACAUUCUCCAUAUAGUAAACCCCUCUCUUGUGAUUCUAUCUGGAGUCUUGGCUUCUUACUACCAGAACCCAGUGCAGCACAUUGUCCAUGGGAGAGCUCUCCUCUCUGCACAGAGCAUCAAAGUUGUCACAUCAGACUUGGAGGACCCUGCAUUACUUGGAGCUGCUAGCAUGGUGCUAGAUUACACAACAAGAAGAACAUACUGAAGGAUAUACUACUAGUCCCGGUUUACUGAGAACCAGUAUCAAUGAUAUGAUUGCAAGACAGAAAAGAUCGUACAACCUUAACUAAUUUAAAUUUAAAAUAACAUUUAUAGCAUACAUUUUGAAUAAUGAAGGGGGUGGGGGCAUUUGGUAAAAAAAUCUGAUAUUUGAAAAAGUAAUUCUAUUUUGCUGCUUGUUGAUAACCUAAAAGAGUUGCAGUUUUCUUGUGUUGGCUACACAAAUUCAAAUUGCCAAGGCUUUAGGACUGAGAUGUUAACCAGAUUAAGCCUGAAUACUUCAUGUGUAAAGUGAGUUGAAUGCACAUGCCAGUAACCUGUCUGUCUACUGUUCUUAUGUAAGAACACUUUCAGGACAGGCUUCAAACACUUUACUUGUAAUGUAAUGUGGUUUUGAGCAUGAAUAUUCAAUUAUUUGAUUAUUCGUUGGAUUAUUAAAAGGCAGUCAGUUCAUCUGACUUUGCAUGGUCAUAUUAAAAAGAUGAGACAAAAUUGAAAAAUGUUUUAUCAAUGAUUGCAUUGAUAAAAACAAAAAAAAUCUUCCUCUCUAAUGACUACCUAUUAUGUGGUGCAUCAUCAGCAAGCAUUUAGAUAGUGGACUGCAUGGAGAAGCUUGUUUCAGUUGUGACCAAAAAUAUUACUGAAACACACUGCUUCUCUAUUCACUGUCAACACUUUAUGUUACACAUUUAUUUUCAUCUUGUAUGGAGAAUUUGUACUAAAUUUUCAUUUAAGAGUGACCGUCCAAUUACUCUGUCAUAUAUCCAUGUUUUGUAAUUCAUUAAAUUAUUUAAGGUGUAACGCUUUAAGAACAGUAGUUAGUUAGAUAGUUAGUUAUCACUGCUAUUGCUGCUACAUUAUGGCAAGGGUGAAUUAUCUGUCUGAAUCAGGUUACGUUUUAAAUUCUUUGUUUUACAUUGUAUUACUGCAUACGUUACAAAUAUUUUACUGACUGAAUGUUUGCUUCAUGUGUUUUGGGAAAUAUGUUACUACGCAGGUCCUGUGAUUUAUGCUGUUACAUCGGUCAUGUCGGUCAAGUUUAAAGUUUUAAACGCACGUUCGUGUCAAAUAAUUGUUUUUGUUCAUCCAAUUUAAUUUUAAGCAGCCUUUGUGUUUCAUUUGUACAAAGACUAUCAUUAUCAUAGGAACAUUCAACAUGAAAAUGUGUUUUAAUGAGGCAUUUACAGCCUUUCCGUAAAUACCAAUCUCAUUGUGGGGUGAUUUCUUUUCUUGGGACCAGUAAAAGAAAAGUUUCAACUGA